AUGCCACUUUGUGACUACGAGGAACUUGCCAAGACUCUAGUAGAAAACUUUAACCUCCUGGCAGAUGAAGUACAACUCCUCAGCGACAGGAAAAUUAUCCUGGAGCACAAAUUGAAUUAUGCUCACAGCCAGUAUCAAUUACUCGCCGACAAGUAUGCCCCAUCUGAUCCGGAGAUCUCAAGCACUUUGGCAAAGCUACAACUCCCGCCGGAUCUCCAAGUCUCAACUCCCGAUCCGGCAGGUUUCGUUCCAUUACCACAGCGGAGACAAAGAGCAUCCAAGCUGCAGACUGCAGUAGCUAUACGCGACGGGAGGAAGGCGGCACAGCUUCUCUCGGAGUUCGGAGGCACGACCGGAUCUACAAGUAUAUCCGGCGCAAGUAGUAAUGUGCGAUUGUCUGCGCCUCGUACAUCUCUCUCGACAGUGCUAGAACAAGAUUUUACCGUCCCAGGGAAGAAGAGUUCAUUGCUUUGUCCGUUUGCUCGUCCUACCAAGCCUCCUAGCACGAUGGUGUCAGGUCGUCCAUUGACGCCGUCUGAUGCUAAAGAUCCUACACCUCAUCAGUCCGCCGAUCCAAUCUGUGCUGCAAUGUAUGCAGAGACAAUGUCAUCACCCCCUCCAUCGGCUACAGGCUCCGCGGCGAAGUGUCCAAUUCGAUAUCUUGAUCAGCACUCACCAGAAGAGGUUGCACGCUACUUCGAGACCCACAAGCAUGAGAUCCCACGAAGUCACGAAGUAUGUGUGAAGCGUUACCAAAGAAACGAAAAUGAUAUCAGGAAGCUUGAUGCAAAGUAUGGCAACCUUGUCAGCAUGAUUCAAGGCCUCGGUCAAACGCAUCAACCUAUGUUACCCUCAGACCUACACGAACAAGACGAGGACAUGGAACUUGAGCGCACAUCCAAUGAACGAGUAGAGAACUGGGCUAAAGCCGUAAGUGCAGAUGGUGUAGGCAUUGAAGAAGACCUUAUAGAGAAUAGAGAAGAGGAGGAUGUAGAAGAGGACGAUAGAGAGAGCAGAUUUGAUCGGCCAUUGAAGGAGGUUCGAGUUGGAGAGUCUCCAAGUCGACCUUGGGGUAUACGAGUACCGAUAUUUGAUGAACCUCCCAAACAACGACCUGUCUCUCCGCCCCCGGCACCUGUAUCUGCAGAACACAUACCAAAGCCGGCUGGGAAGUGUCCCUUUGGCCAUGGCCAGGGCAGUCUGGAAGAUCCUCUUAUCCAAGAAUCUCCUCAGGCGAUCGAGCAAGAAGAGCGACCUACCGGCAAGUGUCCCUUUGGUCAUGGGCAAGAGGCACCAUCAGGCCCGAAGAGAGUGCAACAGCAAGAGCGACCUGCCGGUAUAUGUCCGGUGGAUCAUGGGCAGAAAGCCGAAGAAGCAGAACAACCUCCUGUCAUUCAGACCCAGCCGACUUUCAUUCAAACUCCUCAAAUACCAACAGUGGGCGGUAAUUCGGCCCAGAUGAUAUUCACGGGCCCAGUAUUUAUCGGGUACCCCAUGGAGCAGGCUAUGGCUUUCAUGCAGCAGUACAAUAAGGGGGCAUUAUGA